CUUCAUUCUUCCUUCUUGUGUCUCGGGGGUGAUUGUCAACUCUGGACCCUAACGGCUUUUGCGCAAUUUGACUGCCCACUGUAACUAUCGAAGCUACAUACAUAUAUACCUCUACUCGUGGUCCAUCAUGCCGUCACAAGUGGCGACAUGUCUGCGCCUUGCGCGGCAGUUCUCUGCUGAUCCCAGCAAGCACCAACGAUUCCUUGCCCGUGCUUUCUCUAGCAGCAUUCGUCGACCUGAGAUCAACAAGGUUGUGUCUUCCGCAGACAUCGCAAUCAAGGAUAUGAAGUCCAACUCGACAUUAUUGGCCGGUGGAUUUGGUCUCUCCGGUGUACCAGACACACUGAUUAGCGCGGUGCGCGCGAAUCCCUCCAUUACGGGACUGACAGUCGUCAGUAACAACGCUGGUGUCGACGGAGCGGGUCUUGGUCUUCUUCUCCAGUCUAAGCAAAUCAAGAAGAUGAUUGCUAGUUAUGUGGGAGAGAACAAGACCUUUGAGCGCAUGUACCUGACCGGAGAGAUCGAGCUCGAGUUGACUCCUCAGGGUACCUUGGCGGAACGUUGUCGUGCCGGUGGUGCGGGCAUCCCGGCUUUCUACACCCCUGCCGCCUGUGGUACCGUUGUGCAGACGGGCGAGUUGCCUCUGAAGCAUAAUUCCGACGGAACUGUCGCGCUCUACAGUGAGCCUAGGGAUGUCAAGGUCUUCGAUAAGAAGAGUUACGUCAUGGAGGAAGCGAUCAAGGGUGACUAUGCGUUUGUGAAGGCCUGGAAGGCUGAUAAGCUGGGUAACUGCCAGUUCCGCUAUGCUGCGGCUAACUUCAAUGGUGCCAUGGGCCGCAAUGCGAAGAUGACAAUCGUCGAGGCGGAGCAUAUCGUUGAGCCGGGCGAGAUUGAGCCCGCUGCUAUUCAUCUGCCGGGCAUCUAUGUCAAGCGGGUGAUUCAGAGCACAGCCCCCAAGAACAUCGAAAAGUAUACCUUUGCCAAGGAAGAAGGUGAGGAGGCGGUUGCCCUGGGCAAGGGUGAUACUGCUGCUAAGCGCGAGCGCAUCGUUCGUCGUGCGGCGAAGGAGUUCAAGAACGGGAUGUACGCGAACUUGGGCAUUGGCAUGCCCAUGCUGGCGCCUAACUUUGUCGAUCCCUCUGUAGAGGUCAUGCUGCAGUCUGAGAACGGCAUCCUGGGUCUGGGUCCGUACCCUCAGAAGGGACAGGAGGAUGCUGAUCUCAUCAACGCUGGCAAGGAGACGGUCACGCUGCUGCCUGGAGCUGCUUGCUUCGGGAGCGAGGAGUCCUUCGGUAUGAUCCGUUCGGGACGGAUCGAUCUGACUAUUUUGGGUGCUAUGCAAGUCAGUGCCCGAGGUGAUUUGGCAAACUGGAUGCUGCCUGGCAAGAUCAAGGGCUUCGGUGGAGCUAUGGACCUCGUAUCGAACCCCUCCGCCACCAAGGUGGUGGUGACCAUGGAGCACACAGAUAAGAAGGGCGGUCCGAAGAUCGUGAAGCAGUGCGAAUUCCCCUUGACCGGAAAGACGUGCGUCAGCCGGAUCAUCACUGAGCUCUGCGUGUUCGACGUCGACUUUACGGAUGGACUGACGCUGGUUGAGCUGGCCGAUGGAGUCACCGUGGAUGAGGUGCGCAGCAAGACGGAGGCACCAUUCAAGGUGGCUGAUGAUGUCAAGCCGAUGCUGUAG